AUGGGCUCGUUUAUGCAAACCUUACAGGAAAGUCCCGAUUUUUUCGAUCAAUCAGCAUUUUACGUUCCGCCAUCGUCGAUGACUCUUCAAGGAAGCUAUGAAAAUGGCUAUGGAAUGGCACAGGCACAGCAGCCUUUUGGCAACGUCUACUAUGAGCCAAGUCCGACAAUACAAACACCACAUUCAAGUCCGGAACCUCCACCCAAUGGUGUGGAUGGACGAUUCGAGGAUUUUUCAUUAGCUACACAACUCCCGGUGCUGAACAGCUUUGAUGGCACUUAUGCCACAGCCGAACCCUCAUCAGUCGCUGCGAAUUCUACAAAAUUCCAGAAUUUCGAACCGUACUCGGUUCAAUAUUUCUUCACAACUCCGCCAGACACACCACCCACCAUAUUUCCUAUGGGUUCACAAUCGGCACCAGCCCGUGCCUGUUCCUCGAGACCAAAUUCUUCGCGAAGCCCUGACCCAACCCCUACGAUUAGAAAACUGCUCCAACAAAAGAAGAAACGGAUGCCGGCCGUGCCUUGCCACGUAAACUCCGUAUGUACGACCUGUAAGACGCGCACAACUUCACUAUGGCGUCGAAAUCAUUUAGGAGAAAUAGAGUGCAAGUAA